AUGUAUCACGUAUUUGGUGGCUCUCCCCAUGGAUUCGGGCACGAAGCCGUGGGCUACACCUCAAGUAUCGGAGAUUCUGUGACAUCUCUAUCCGUCGACGAAUAUUUUAUUGUCCCGGAUAACACGGACGAUGGCAAGUGGGAUCGUACUCACCCUCCGGCGUUGGUAACCCAACUUACGGCGGCCUGCAAGUCAGUCAUUCCCAUUCCCAUCAACUCCACCAACACCACCGUCAAGCUCGCCUAUCUCAUGAUAGCGGAUGUGUUCACAACCGGAUGGCAUGCACUUACAUACUCCGGAUUCCAAGCUGAAGACAUAUUUGCGAUCUUCGGCGCCGGUCCCGCUGGCCCCUUGUCCGCUUACUCUGCCAAGCUGCGCGGUGCUUCCAGAGUGUAUGUUGUUGAUCGCAUCGAUAGCCGGCUUGAGCAAGCCCAGUCUAUUGGUGCCACUCCCAUCAACUGCUCUCAGGAUGAUCCUGUCGGGGCAAUCCUUAGAUAUGAAUCGGAGGGCGUCACUCGCAGCGUUGACUAUGUAGUCUAG